GUUAAAGUAUAUUAAUUUCAUUGUUAGUAAAAAAAAUAGGUUGUACACAAAACUAGUUAAUUCACUAGUUAAUAUAUUUGUUGCAAUUUAAUAUUUGUUACAUUUUUUAGAUGGAUCGUCCUAGAUAUUCGGUUGAUAUGGGUAACCCCGAGCGCAACCGAACGAAAGACCUUGCGAGGAAGAGAUCCCGCAAAAGUAAAUCACAUAUCGGCUCUUCAUCUCAAAGUCGAGAUGAUUUUGAUACGAGUUACGCAAGGAGGGAUGAGGAUGCGAUGACCGACGAACGACUAGAACAAGAAUUGCACCGACAUAAUUCCCUCUUUUUUCAAGACCAACCGAGGACCAUUGACGAAGAAGAGCUCGAGGACGAGGACAACGAUGUGGAGGAAGUAAUUCCGGAGAGCCACGACGACGAGGAGGAGGAGGGUGGCGGCAGCCAUGACGCCGACGAGCCUGCCUCAUCCCUAACAGCUUUAAGGUGUUGCAAGUCUCAAUUUUAGCUCAAGUUGCGAUUAUCAGGCGUUGGGUCGAGUUUCUUUGCAUUUGGAGUUGAAUUGAAGAAGUUAGAGAUCGGUAAUCAGCGCUUGAGAGGCAUUCAGGAAGGAUUUGAAGGCAUUCGAAGAAAAUUUGAGAGAUUUGGAGGUCAUCGGGAGAUUCACGACGAAAUUCUGAUGAAGAACGAGUAAUUGAUUGACCUCGUAUACAUCCGGGAGCGUUUGGAACAAGGAAACGAAGAGAAAGUGAAGAAUAAGGUCAUGCACGGUCGUGCCCGGCGUUAGGCACGCCGUGCGUGCCUUGUAAUGAAGCGGGUAAGCUACUGGAGGCCAGGCACGCCGUGCCUGAAGUGAAACGAGGAACAAGCUACAGGAGGCCAGGCACGGUCGUGCCUGGCAGUCAGGCACGCCGUGCCUGGACGCGUUUAACCGGGUUUCUUCCGCAGGCACGGUCCCAGGCACGGUCAUGCCUGGCGCCGUGCAUGACCCCGUUUUGUCCUAAUUCAGCCCAAAUUGCCUUGUUUCCUAUAAAUACCACUCCCAUAACCCUAAUUAAGGGGGAUGGAACUUAUUUAGCAGCUGGAGGACGAAUUUGAGAGCUUUUAGCCCUGUUUUUUUCUAUUCUUUGAGAUUCUUUGUAAGUUCCUACUUUUUAAUUAAUGGCAAUUAUUUCUAUUCUUCCCAAUUCUAUUGAUUCUUCAAUUAUGAGUCGAGAGUAGUUUUAAUUGGGAUUUGGGAUUGAUGAAGGG